AUGCAGAGCUUGAACAGAACCGUUGUGGUUACACAGUUCGUCCUCGUCGGCUUCUCCAGCCUUGGGGACCUCCAGCUCCUGCUUUUUGUCACCUUCCUUCUCCUCUACUUAACAAUCCUGGUGGCCAAUGCCACCAUCAUGGUUGUUAUUCGCGUCAGUCGGUCUCUACACACUCCCAUGUAUGGUUUUCUCUUCAUCCUCUCUUUCUCUGAAUCCUGCUACACAUUCGUCAUUAUCCCUCAGCUGCUGGUCCAUCUACUGUCAGCCACCAAGAUGAUCUCGUUUGUGGCCUGUGCAACCCAGCUUUUCUUCUUUCUUGGCUUUGCCUGUACAAACUGCUUUCUCAUUGCCGUGAUGGGAUAUGAUCGCUAUGUCGCAAUUUGUCACCCUUUGAGGUACAUGAUCAUCAUGAACAAAAGGCUAGGAUUGGGCAUGGUUUCUCUAUCAGGAGUCACAGGUUUCUGUAUUGCUUUGGUGGCCACUAACCUCAUCUGUGACAUGCCUUUUUGUGGCCCCAACAGGGUCAAUCAUUACUUCUGUGACAUGGCACCUGUUAUCAAACUAGCCUGCACGGACACUCAUGUAAAAGAGCUGGCUCUAUUCAGCCUCAGCAUCCUGGUGAUCAUGGUGCCUUUUCUGUUAAUUCUCAUAUCCUAUGGCUUCAUAGGGAACACCAUCCUAAAGAUUCCCUCAGCUGAGGGCAAAAGGAAGGCGUUUGCCACCUGCGCCUCCCACCUCACUGUGGUCUUUGUCCACUACGGCUGCGCAUCGAUCAUCUACCUUCGGCCCAAGUCCAAGUCUGCCUCUGACAAGGACCACUUGGUGGCAGUGACUUACACAGUGGUUACUCCCCUACUCAAUCCUCUUGUCUACAGCCUGAGGAAUCAGGAGGUAAAGACUGCACUGAAAAGAGUUAUGGGAAUGCCUAUAGCUACCAAGAUGAGCUAA